UUUCAUGUUUUUUUUUACAAUUUCCUAAAAGUGUAAAUUUUCUUUCAGAUCUCAAACUGUAGCGGUUAUGUGUUCAUCAGCAAACAUGGUAAAACCUGCAAGGAUAAAGAUAUCAUCAAUGAUGCCUGACUGGUCUCAGCUCCCGGAUGAGCUACUAAACCUUAUCUCCAAGAAUCUGGACAACUGUUUCGAUGUUCUUCAUGCUCGUUCUGUUUGCAGCUCGUGGCGAUCCACGUUUCCUUUUCCUUCUUGCUUAUUACGCCCGAGUUACUCUCUUCCCACUUUCGCCGACUUCCCUUUUGUAAGCAAAGACUUGUGCACCCUCGAGAAGAUCCAUUUGUUCCUAUAUAGAGUUCGAACCCCUGCUGCUGCGUUACCAUCCGCGUAUUUUCUGGGAGGAAUAGGUCGAGAUGAGUCAGAGGAUCAUAUGGAGCUUCCAUCUCCUCUUCAGUUCUCAGUGAGAGUGAAAAUCCGAGGAUCUGAUCCUACCUUGAUGAACAUUGUCGGCUGCCAGAUUGUCCUUCUGGGAUAUCAAUACAGAAUGAUGGGUUGGAAUCCUGAAAAAUUGGGCAACAGAUUACAGGAGGGGGGAGGAGAAGAAUUUGUUGUGCUCCUCAACUACACUAAAAAUUUGUAUGUGUUAAGAAGCACUGAAAUGAGAUGGAUGAAGCUUAAGGUAACAUCAGAUGCUUCAUGCUCGGAUUUAGUCGCUUUUAGAGGCAGAUUUUAUGCAGCCUUUCUCAACGGGGAUAUUUUCAUUUUCGAUCCUUAUUCAAUGCAACGGACUCCCCUGGUGCCCUCUGAGCCUCGACGAUCAAGCAAUUAUCUGAUUCCAUCUGGCAAUGAUGAGCUUUUUCUGGUUGAGAAAUUCAACCCAUUUCCUGAAUGUGGUCGAAUAGAUUUUAAGCGGUUCAUAUGUAGAGUGAGUAGGCUAGAUGAGGAAGCUGGUAAAUGGGUUGUGGUCAGUGAUUUGGGAGACUGUGUUUUGUUUAUUGGACACUUUGGAAAUAUUUGCUGCUCGGCUAAGGAGCUUCCUCAUGACUGCGGUGUGAGUGGGAACUCAAUUUUGUUCACCAAUGUGCCAGGCAAUGUAACAUUUGCCUACAAAUAUGGAGUGCAGACAGGAAGGGCUGAAGAAGACCUUAAUUGUUGGAGAUUAUCAAGACAGAUUCGUGUGACGAUCCUCAACACAUUUCCAGUUGUGGCUCUCCGGCUUGAGUGACAAGCUAAAAACUCAGCUUUUUGAUACUU